AUGCAAAAGGAGAGGAAACGAGUCGGUGGAGACACGGAGAGCACCACCCUGAACGCCAUGCCAUCCUCCUCGUCCACUAUAGUGGUCCUCAGCGACACCGAGAGCGGAGACGACGACGCCGCCUUCUCGAGGCCGGCGGUCGAGUACAUCACCUCGUCCCUGUGCACCCAAGCAGAGGUCGACGCCCUCUGCGAGAAGCACGGCGUCCCGAAGGAGUUUGCGGCGCGACCGGCCGGUGAACUGCACGCGUGCACGCCGCCGCCACCGGGGGCCGUCUGUGUGUACGCGCACGCGCUGGAGUCGGGUCUGCGCUUCCCGCUUCACCCCUUCUUCUCCGAGGCGCUCUCCCACUUCGGCCUCGCGCCGGGCCAGCUCACGCCCAACGGUUGGCGUGUCUUGGUGGGCUUCGUCGUGAUCUGCCGCUCCGCCGGCGUGCCGCCGUCGCUCGCCGUCUUUCGGCAUUUUUUCUCUGUCAGGACGAGGUUCUGGUCCUACUUCGUGUCCAAGAACGGCGCCGGGGCGCUCUUCACUGGCCUGACCCAUUCCAAAUCCGAUAGAGAGUGGAAAAGGGGCUUCUUCUUCCUGACGUCCUCGCAGCCAUGGCCGUGCCCCGUGCACUGGGGCGAGCAGCCGUCCAAGAUCUUCACCGCAAGUCCGGUGCUAUCGAGCCAGGAUAAUAAAUCGGUGGCGAAGAUAGUAUACAGCCACGGCCCGGCAGUUGAUCUCCGGACUUACCUCUCGGUGGCCGAUCUUGCCGCAGCCUUCUCCACUGAUCCUGCCGAGGCAUCACCACCACCGUCACUCCAGCUUUCUCCUCGAUCUACUGGUUCCGAAGGAAUGGAUCUAGCAGCGGACGAGGCUGUGGCUUCGCCGGAGAAGGUGGAAGCCGAGCCGGUCAGCGACACGCCGCAGUUGUCCCGCAAGAAGAGGAAACUGGAGGAGGUUGCCAGUGCAAAAGACGGACUUAGCCGUUCUGAGCCGAACACGCCGCCUGCUGCCCCAGCGGGCUUGCAUGCCCCGCCGUUGUCCGGUUGCUUGGCGCCCAGCCUGCGUGCCCCGCCUGUUUCCGACCAGAACACGCGGCACUUGCCCGUGCCCGACGCACACGGCAGCGACGGCGCCGACUGGGAGGAAGCGUGGAAGGUACUGGAUAGCAUCGUCCCGCCGGGGCGGCAGCACGAGUUCGCGGCGGCGAAACCAUCCAACGUCGUCAAGUCGAGCUUCGUAGCAUUUCGCCAGGCCGCGAACUACGUGUCAUACUCCCUGAACUACGCGCUGGAGCUGGAUCAGAAGCAGAGAGCCCAUGAACGUGACAUCGCCGUUCUGCGGGAGCAGCUGGAGAAUGCGAAGGCAGAAAGGAAGAACGCCAAGGCCGAGCUCGCCGCGGCGAGGCAGGCGACGGCGGCAGAGGUGGAAAGCGCCAAGACGGCGGCGGUGCAGCAGUUCCUGGGGUCCAAGGAGUACACGCGGCGGGUCGCUGAGCAAGCGCUGCCGGCGUACGAGCGCGGCGCAGAGGACAUGAAGCGCGUCGCGCUCCGGCUGAACCCACGCCUCGACGCCGCCAAGCUACUCCUGCCGCUGGAUUAG